AAGGGGAACCGACGAACCGUCAACCGGGCGGGAAUGGGCGAACGGCAAACCGCCAUUGUACAUUACGUUUCGUUUAUUUUCUGAUUUUAUAGUGAUUUGUUAAUUGCGUUUAACCCGACCUGUUUGUGAGCCAGAAAUUCCAUUCGAUAUUCUACGUGGUAAGUGAAUAUGAUGUUUUUUCUGCUCUGUUUAAACGUUAAAUAAUGGAUGCAAGCAGCAACAUAACCUCGAAAGUUCUUUUCAGCGUUUUUAUUAUCAGUUUUUGCGUACCUUUUUACUGCUUUGAAAUAUUUUAAUUUUUACUUAAUUCUAAACAUUAUUGUUCUUACUGUUUUGCAUCCCAUUAUUGCAUGCUUAAGACUACGUUAGCUCCGUUUUUAGUUCUACCUUGCAAUGGCGUUUGUUGGGGUCGAAUUUACUGAAAAUGGGACUGUUGGCUUAGUGCAUUCUUCCUGGUUUACUCCUUUUAAACGCGAGGUUUUUUGGCCCCCGUAUAAAACUUCCAACACUUUUAACCGAGCACUCACAAAUGCUGAAGAGCCCGAUCAAAGUAACUGGACAUUGCAUGCGGUGAAACGAUCAUUUUUUGAGUGUGAUGACAUCGAUAAGGCUAGGAAAAAACUGAAGAUUUGUGAAGUAACAUCUGACAUUCAGUCUGAACCAGAAGGGCUUUACCAAGAUUGCAGUGGCAAAAGGAGCGCCAGAGUAAGAAAACCACGAGUUGUGUAUUCAUCGGACAGUGAAGGUGAAGAGGCUCGUCAUAAAUCUCUCCCAAAACCACCAGCUUUCCAGCAACUGAACUUACGCAAACCUGUAUAACUCCUGUUGUUGCCAGGACCGAACAUAAUCGGUUACCUACUCCAGUUAAUGCAGAACAUUUAAAUGAAAAUGCAAGUUUGAACCCAGGAAAUGUGGAAAAGAUUUUCCAGGAAAUCAAAAAAUUGAGGGAGGAAUUAAAAGAAAUAAAAGCUUUUAUUAAGCAGUCACGGAAUGCUGAUGUUGCUGCCUUACCAGAUGACAUUCCUGUGGAGUUUCCUUUGAAUGCUGUUGCUCACAUGCAACGGCUGGAUGAAUAUUUAUCAGCAGAGGAUAAGCGUAAUAGUUUGGCUUUGUACUUGUCUUCAUUGGGUGGUUCUGGAACCAUACCAAAGGUCAACAAAAUUUUGAGAUUUCUCAUGACAAAUAAUUUAGCUACGCAAUAUAAUUUUGUGGGGCAGAGGCGUAACAAGAUUGCUUUUGGAAGUACACAACUGCAAAGUGUAAUCAUUCGUGCUGUACAGAUCAAAUCUCCUGCAACAACACAAUCAGAAAUAGAAAGCGCAGUAAAAAUUUGGCUAAAACAUUCCAAGCAAAGAAUGGAAAAGAGGGGGGUAUCUGGAAAUCAGUGAGACUUUGAUUAUAUUUUUUAUAAUUUUUUAUUUAUGUAGAAUUUGUUUUUUAUUUGUGGUAUUUUAAAAUGUCAAAACGAAAAUUAAAAGAAUUUGUUGGUCGUAGACAGCAAUGCAGAAGGGCUUUGCAAGCUACUAAACAGGAACUUGAUUAUGUUUUACGUAAUGAUAACCUUGCCAAUAAUUGUGUUGAAAUUGACCAUGUAGAAAAUUAUAGUAACUUAGAAGUAAAUUGUAAUGUAACAAGAGGCAAUUCAUCUUCGUCAGACAAUGACAAUAUUGAUGAGCACAGUACAACUUUUUUACAGUGUACAUCAUCAUCAGAUUGUAGCAAAAGUGAAAUAUCAAAUGACGAUACAAUUUUUAGACAAUUAACUGAAUGGGCCUUAAAACAUAAAAUUUCACAUUUAGCUUUGACAGAUCUACUUCAUGUACUUUCUAUGCACCACCCAGAACUACCUUUAGAUAGUCGAACUUUGUUAGCAACUCCAACUUCAACAUCUAUUUGCCAGUUAGAAACAGGUCAAUAUUGUUAUUUUGGAAUAACACGUUCGUUGAGUAAACUGGUUUCAUUUAUUAAGCCAUUUGAUGACAAAAUUGAACUUAGCUUUAAUGUCGAUGGUAUACCACUUUUCAAAAGUUCUAAAUUACAACUUUGGCCAAUUUUGGGAUUAAUUAAAAAUACAAAUAGCAGUAUAAGACCUUUUGUGAUUUCAGUCUUUUGUGGAAAGAACAAACCAAAACCUAUAGAUACGUUUCUCAAUCCUUUCAUAGAAGAAUUAAGUGCUUUGCUAAAACAUGGGUUUUUUAAUGACAAUAAACACUUCCAAGUAAAUGUGCAUUGCUUUGUUUGUGAUGCCCCUGCAAGAGCCUAUUUAAAAGGCACAAAAUCCCACACAGGAUAUUCUGCUUGUGAUAAGUGUACAGUUCACGGUGAAUAUUUUAAAAACAAGGUAAUUUUUGACAGUUUAAUAUCGCAAAAACGAACAGAUCAAUCUUUUCGUCAACAACUGGAUGAAGACCAUCACAUUUCCUCCACUCCUUUGCUUAAUUUACCAAUAAAUUUGAUCAAAAAUUUUCCUACGGACUACAUGCAUAAUAUUUGUUUAGGAAUUGUUAGAAAAAUGCUUAACACUUGGAUUGGAGGUUCUUUAAGGGUUAGACUACCACACCAAAAAGUUACAACUAUGUCUCAACGUUUACUUGACUUGAAAAGAAGAAUACCGAUUGAGUUUAACCGCAAACCUCGUUCAUUGGAGGAGUUAAAGUAUUGGAAAGCUACAGAAUUUAGAACCUUUUUAAUAUACUUGGGUCCGUUGGUUUUAAAAGAUGUAGUGAAUAAUGCUGUGUAUCAAAACUUUCUAUUAAUUCAUUUUUCAGUUUCAAUAUUAUUAUCUGAAAUACAUAUAAGAAAAUUUGGAAUUGAGUUGGUAAGAAAUGUUAUCAAUGUUUUCAUUGAUCACUCGAAAACAUUAUAUGGUUUAGAGUUCAUGGUGUAUAAUGUGCAUUUAUUAUCACAUAUCUGUGACGAUGUAGAAUGGUUUGGUGUGUUAGAUAAUUUUUCGGCAUUUCCCUUCGAAAAUUACCUUGGGCAGCUCAAAUCAUUAGUGAGGACCUCUACAAAUCCUUUACAGCAGAUUCAUCGUCGCCUUUGUGAACAGGAUUUAUUUAUUUCCCGGUCUUCUAAUCAAAAUUGUGGCAUAAAGUUAAGUUUAGAACAUUCAAAUGGACCAUUGAUUUCUGGUCAGAAUUAUAGAUGGCAUAAACAAUUUACUAAACUUCAUUUCCGUUGUAUUACAUUGUCACUUGUAAGCUAUUGUAAAGCAGACAGUUAUGUUUUAAAUUUUUCAAGAGAUAAAGUUAUUGAAAUUCAUAACAUACUAACAACCAUUGACAACUCAACAUAUAUUAUUGGCAAGGAAUUUCUCGAUUAUUCAGAUUUGUAUUUGUACCCAUACCCUUCAAGCGAAUUGAACAUUUUUGAAGUUCAAAAUUUGUCAGAAUCUUUUAAACUAUGGGCAAUUACUGAAUUAAGUAGCAAAUGUAUUGUUAUACCAUAUAAGCAACAUUUUGUAGCAAUGCCUAUUAUUCAUAGCCUGUUAUAAAUUAGAAAGAAAUUGCAUAGCAAUUUUAUUCUAUCUAAAAAUAUUUGAUAUUUCAAAUUAAUGUAGCAACUAAUGUUUGAUAUUACGUGUUCUACUUACAUUCUCUAAAAAUAUUGUCUGCUUAAUCAUAUAACUAAGAUGGAUUAAAAUGUUAUGCAACUUUUUUUAUUUUUAUCAUAUUAGUUUCUAACCACACAUUUUUUUUUUAUUUAAAUUUGUAUACCGCAUAUGUAUAUAUAACGGUUCUUUAAAUACUAUUUAUGUACUUAUUUUAUAUGUAAGUUUUACGUAUGUAUUUUCUGUUUAUAGUAAACAUAA